AUGCAUUGCUUUGCUCCAAAAUGUAACCAUAAUUCGGAAUCGCAUGCUUGCCAGUUCUUUCUGUUUCCAAAUCCAGAGAAGAACAAGGAAGAAUAUGACCGAUGGGUUCGCUUGCUAAGGUAGGCUGAAUGUUUGCUGUUUUUGUAUGGUUUUUCACCAUCGUGCAAUUUCAGUGGGUACAAGUUUGUUUAUAAUGAUAACGGUGAUAAAGAAAUACUUGAGCUUUGUAAAUGGAUGGCGAGAAAUGUAGGGCACAAGUAGUAUUCCGAUAGUUUAAGCUAAAAUUUUGGCGCUGUUUAAACCUCUUAAUGUUAAUCUGAAGGGUAAUGUUCUAUAUCAGGAGAGCUGCCAAAAAUCCAAGCAAGCAUUCCAAAGUGUGCAGCUGUCAUUUCAGACGUGGAAAGAAAUCUGCAGGGCCGGAAAUUUUCAAGUGGAAUGCUGAUAAACUAUUCCCGUCACAAAAAACUCCUCCGAAAAAGAAAAAGAAACCCAAAUCAUUGGUUAAUAAGUUACCGACUGUUAAAGAUACCAUAGCCAUCAUUAAUGCCAAAUCUGCAGAGUCUUCAGAUACAUGGGACGAAAGAUCCUCAACUCCAACUGAGCAAAAAAAAUCUUAGAGGCAGAAUUAAACGAAGCAAAGCGGGAGCUGAACUAUCACCAGGAAACCAUGCAGUAUCAGAAAAAACGUUACUCUAUUUCAAUCUUGAGUUCUGAAGUAAUCAGAAUGGAAACUGGUUUACCAACAAAGGAAAUUUUCACAAUUGUAGUGGAUUAUACAGCUAAAUUCAAGGACUCCAUUUCUUAUUACUGUGGAUGGAAAGUCGAGUCCAUAACCUUUGAGGACCAAAUCUUCAUAACACUUAUGAAGUUACGGCAAAACUACACCAAUUUACAUCUCGCACAGCUAUUUUCAUGCAGUGUUGGGACAAUUUCUAACAUAGUUAUAACAUUUGUACACAUCUUACAAACACUGCUGUUUGAUGACCUGAUGAGAGUGAUUCCUUCCAGGAACAAGAACUGUUUGUGUUCGCCAUCAUCCUUUUCAGAGUUCUCGAGCUGCAGAAUUAUUAUUGACUGUACUGACAUUGAAGUGGCCACACCAAGCCUUAUGAGUCAACAAAAUGUGACCUAUUCAAGUUACCGUGGGAUGAACUCAUUCAAAGUUUUGACAGGGGUUGCACCUAAUGGGGUGUUGACCUACAUUAGCAACCUCUAG